CCACGUCAGAUUUGACUGUUCGGAGGAAAAGUUGCAGUGAGCUGAGUGUAGCGGAGGAUCAGCACUGCGGUUUAAACCCGGAGCCACAUCAGCACAGCAGACAUGCCUCUCAGGCUGGACAUCAAGCGCAAGCUCACGGCCCGGUCCGACCGUGUCAAGAGCGUGGACCUCCACCCCACGGAGCCAUGGAUGCUGGCCAGUCUUUAUAAUGGCAGUGUGUGUGUCUGGAACCACGAAACACAGACCUUGGUGAAAACGUUUGAAGUUUGUGACCUUCCUGUGAGGGCUGCGAAGUUUGUUGCCAGAAAGAACUGGGUCAUAACUGGAGCUGACGACAUGCAGAUUCGCGCUUUCAACUAUAAUACAUUAGAGCGGGUGCACAUGUUCGAAGCCCACUCGGAUUACAUCCGCUGCAUUGCUGUUCACCCCACUCAGCCCUACAUCCUCACCAGCAGUGAUGACAUGCUCAUUAAGCUGUGGGAUUGGGAGAAGAAGUGGUCGUGUAGUCAGGUGUUUGAGGGCCACACACACUACGUUAUGCAGAUUGUCAUCAAUCCCAAAGACAACAACCAGUUUGCGAGUGCAUCGCUGGACAGAACCAUCAAGGUGUGGCAGCUGGGUUCCUCAUCUCCCAAUUUUACCUUGGAGGGUCACGAGAAAGGCGUGAACUGCAUCGAUUACUACAGCGGAGGCGAUAAGCCCUAUCUCAUAUCUGGAGCUGAUGACAGACUUGUGAAAAUCUGGGAUUACCAGAAUAAGACGUGCGUGCAGACGCUGGAAGGCCAUGCACAGAACGUGUCGUGCGUUAGCUUCCACCCUGAGCUGCCCAUCAUCGUCACAGGAUCUGAGGAUGGCACAGUGCGCAUCUGGCAUUCCAGUACCUACCGACUAGAAAGCACACUGAACUACGGCAUGGAGCGGGUCUGGUGUGUGUGCGGCCUGCGUGGUUCUAACAACGUGGCACUCGGUUACGACGAGGGCAGCAUCAUUAUAAAGCUCGGCCGUGAGGAGCCAGCCAUGUCUAUGGACACCAACGGGAAGAUCAUCUGGGCCAAGCACUCAGAGGUACAGCAGGCCAACCUGAAGGCCAUGGGCGAAGCCGAGAUUAAGGAUGGAGAGAGGCUGCCGUUGGCCGUCAAAGACAUGGGCAGCUGUGAGAUCUACCCUCAGACUAUUCAGCACAACCCCAAUGGAAGGUUUGUGGUGGUCUGUGGAGAUGGAGAAUACAUCAUCUACACAGCUAUGGCUCUGAGGAACAAAAGCUUUGGCUCUGCUCAGGAGUUUGUGUGGGCCCAUGACUCUUCUGAGUAUGCGAUCAGAGAAAGCAACAGCGUGGUUAAAAUCUUCAAGAACUUCAAGGAGAAAAAGUCAUUCAAACCAGACUUUGGAGCUGAGGGUAUUUACGGUGGUUUCCUGCUGGGUGUCAGGUCUGUAAACGGUUUGGCUUUCUACGACUGGGAGAACACAGAGCUGAUUCGCCGUAUCGAGAUUCAGCCCAAACAUAUCUUCUGGUCAGACUCUGGUGAGCUGGUGUGCAUCGCCACUGAGGAGUCCUUCUUCAUCUUGCGCUACCUGGCCGACAAAGUCGCCGCAUCACAGGAGUCAAAUGAAGGGGUCACUGAAGACGGAAUUGAAGAUGCUUUUGAGGUCCAGGGUGAGAUCCAGGAGAUUGUAAAGACAGGUCUGUGGGUGGGAGACUGUUUCAUCUACACCAGCUCCGUCAACAGGCUGAACUACUUUGUUGGUGGCGAGAUCGUCACGAUCGCUCAUCUUGACCGGACCAUGUACCUGCUGGGCUACAUUCCUAAGGACGACCGCCUGUACCUAGGAGACAAGGAGCUCAACAUCGUCAGCUACUCACUGCUGGUGUCUGUGUUGGAGUACCAGACGGCCGUCAUGCGGCGUGACUUUGCCAUGGCCGACAAAGUUCUCCCCACCAUCCCGAAAGAGCAGAGGACCAGGGUGGCCCACUUCCUGGAGAAACAGGGCUUUAAACAGCAAGCGCUGGCUGUGUCCACCGACCCAGAGCACAGGUUUGAACUUGCUCUGCAACUAGGGGAACUGAAGAUCGGUUACCAGCUAGCUGUUGAAGCAGAGUCAGAGCAGAAGUGGAAGCAGCUGGCAGAACUGGCCAUCAGUAAGUGCCAGUUUAGCUUGGCGCAGGAGUGCCUCCAUCAUGCCCAGGACUAUGGUGGCCUGCUGCUAUUGGCCACGGCCUCUGGCAACGGCGCCAUGGUGAGCAAACUGGCCGAGGGCGCCGAACGUGAUGGCAAGAACAACGUGGCCUUCAUGACGUACUUUUUACAGGGAAAGUUGGACCAAUGUCUGGAGCUUCUGAUUCGGACCAAUCGCCUACCUGAAGCUGCCUUCCUGGCUCGGACAUACCUGCCCAGCCAAGUGUCCAGGGUGGUGAAGCUGUGGAGAGAGAGCUUAUCGAAGGUGAACCAGAAGGCAGCGGAGUCUCUGGCGGAUCCCACCGAAUACGAGAACCUGUUCCCGGGUCUGAAGGAGGCUUUCGUGGCUGAGCAGUAUCUGCGCGAGACCUGUCUAGGCAAGACUAGAGCUGCCACUGACUACCCGCUGGUCACGCCCAAUGAGGAACGCAACAUUUUGGAGGAAGCCAGUGGUUAUGAGCCCAAAGGCGUUCUUCCCACCCCUGCACAGCACGCUGCUGAUUCUGAGAAGGCAGAAGUAUCAGACUCCGUCGUGAAUGUGGUUUCAGCGCCUGUAGCUGCUCCGGUUGCUUCACAGCAGGUACUGGAACCAGUAGAAGAAGCUGAACACUCAAGUGAAAAGACUCUGGAGGAACUCGAGGAUGAUCUGGACAACCUGGAGUUGGACGACAUCGACACCACAGACGUCAACCUGGACGACGACUUCUUAGACGACUGAGCACUAAACACAGCCGUGUUGAGUUUUAUUUAAGAGACCAAGCCCUUUUGUAUUCCUCCUUGUGUCAUUAGUCAUGCUCGUCAGCCCAAACUCAAGACCUGUGAGACAGAUGAAUAAUGAAUCGGGACUGGGCCACGUACAGCAGGCUUCCUGGAGCUGCGGUGUAUUGAGAAGAAGAAAUAUUUGUCUUGUCAAAUUAGAAUUUUCUACUUCAUGCUGAACCUUCAACUGUUCUUUUUUUUUUCUUUUCUUUGUGUCUUGUUUGCCAGAACGUCAAAAUAUAUAUUAGACAUGUCUGACUAUGUGAACAUAAUACAGUUAAUCAUAAUAAAUAUCAAUUUCAACAUCUCGA